AUGGAUAUUAAUGCUCAAGGGGAAGAUGGUGAAACAAUUUUACAUCAAUGCUGUCGAUCAGGCAAAUCAGAUUUAUUGGAGAUACGGGGUUAUAAGGGAUUCACAGUUUUACAUUCAGCUUGCUGUGGUGGAAAUGUAGAAAUUGUGUCUUUUCUACUAAAUAAAGGAUUAGACAUCAAUGCUUUGUCAAAUGAUAGGAGAUGGAGAAACUGUUUACAUCAAUGUUGUCGCUCUGGUAAAAUAGAGAUGUGUGAGUAUCUGGUCAAUCAGUUUUCAGAGUUAAUGGAGAUAAGGGACAAUGACGGAUGGACAGUGCUACAUUCAGCUAGCAGUGGCGGGAGUGUAGACAUAGUUUCUUUUCUACUAAACCAAGGAUUAGACAUCAAUGUGCUGUCAAAUGUUGGUGAAAGUAUAUUGCAUAAUGCUUGUCUGAAUAGUAAACAUGAUGUUUGUAGGUAUCUAUCAAAAAGUUACCCAGACUUGUUAGCAGUAAAAGAUAAUAAAGGUAAAUCAGUGAUAGAUAUUGCCGCUGAACAAGGUGACAUUGACAUGAUACAUAUUUUGAGAGAACGCCGCUAUUAG